AUGACUGGAGGUAUGAGCAAAGUAGACCAACAAUGGGGCAAGACCGACAACCAAUUGCCAGACCACUCCCACAGACAACCAGGUGCUCCAUACGAGACCGGUCAAACCCACUCCCACAAGACUGGUGACUCCCACGACCAACAAUCUAUUGCCAACAAGCUCGCCGGUACUUCCCACUUAGAGAAGGAAGAGCGCAAGGCUGAGAAGGAGGGCGGUAAGCCACCAACCGCUCCAGCCGUUUGGCACGGCAACGAGCCAUCAAAGGGUGCUAAGGUCGACGAGGACCUCGGCAAGGAAGACGAGAAGGUCUUGCACAAGAAGGGUCUUGCCUAA